AUGGAGCUGCUGUGGAAUUUUGUUGUUGAAGAAGACAAAACGGGUGUAGCUGUGAGUGUGGAGCAGCUGCGUGCUGACAUGAAUCGUUUGCUCGCCAUUCUCUUCCACCAGGGUGUAUUGGACGAGCAGUUCUUGCAGUUGCAGCAGCUCCAAGAUGAAUCUUCCCCCAACUUCGUCUCUGAGGUUGUCAACAUCUAUUUCCGCCACUCCGAGAAGCUCCUCCGAAACCUCAGAGCCUUGCUGGUGGAUAGAGAGCUGUGUGACUACAACAAGAUGGGAAUCCACUUGAAUCAGUUGGUGGGAAGCAGCUCCAGCAUUGGCCUCCGUAACGUCUGCAUCGCCUUUCGCGCUGCUUCCCACCACAACAAUCGCCCCGGAUGCUUAAGGGCUUUGGAGCUGUUGGAAUAUGAAUACUGUUACCUCAAAAACAAGCUGCAUGAAUUCUUCCAGAUUGAGCAGCAGAGAAUGCUGGCAGCUGCGGUCAGAUAUCCUGCACCUCACCAACACCUUCACAAUCCUCAAGCCUGAAUGCCUAGCUACCUCUAAAAAGUUGAAUGCAAGAAUCUCACCUGCAUGCAAUUAAUUCAGCACCUGCUUCUCAUUCCUAGGCGUUCAGCUUUUUCUACUACAACACCAACAUAUAUCUACUGCUUCUUUUCACUGUCUAAACCAAUCUACCUAGCUACUGUCCCUUCCCUUUUACUCAAAUUGUGUUGUCAAUCAAGGACUAAAUGUUGGUUGCAGAUUAUCAAAAUAACACCCUUACUCUACUGCUUAGGGGAAUACAAACUCAAAUUUAUUUUAUGUCAUUCCCGAA